UCCUCUUCUUCUGGCUCAUAGCUCUUCUGUGUGUUGCUCCAGUUAUUUUGCGUUCGUUGCAGUUUGGCUAGGCCUGAAUUGGUUGUUUUAAGCUGUUACUUUGACCCUUUUGGCCUGCAGGUUUUUUGUUUUUUUUAUUGGAUAGGUGUGAGUGUUACUUUCAUUUUACACAUUUUUUUUCCUUCUUCUGCUUUCAGAGGCUGUUUGGCACGUGCCCCGCCCCCCUCCAAAUCCAUUUUCCCCAUCCGUUUGGAGAAAUUCUGUUGCUUAAACAAUACAAAGGCUUUUUUUGAACAAUGACUUCAUACAACGUUUCACUCGCUGGACCUUCGCCUUGGGGCUUCCGGUUGCAAGGAGGCAAGGACUUCAACAUGCCCCUCACCGUUUCCAGGAUUACACCAGGGAGCAAGGCAGCCUCCAGCAACCUGAUCCAGGGUGACAUCAUCGUGGCCAUUGAUGGGGUCAGCACAGAGGGGAUGACACAUCUCGAGGCCCAAAACAAGAUCAAGUCUGCCAACUUCAAUCUGGCCCUCACUAUGCAAAGGUCAAAGAGACCCACUCCAGUUCCCAUGACAACACCAAGGAUUGAUUCCCCUAUGCCUGUGAUCCCCCAUCAGAAGGUUAUUACCAACACUGCUGCCAACAAUGAGUACGUGCCCAGCUUCAACCCAAUAGCUCUGAAGGACACUGCACUCUCCACCAACAAGCCCAUUGAGGUGAAGGGGCCUGGAGGCAAGGCCACCAUCAUCCAUGCGCAGUACAACACCCCCAUCAGCAUGUACUCCCAGGAUGCUAUAAUGGAUGCCAUCGCUGGCCAGUCCCAGGCCAGGGGUAGCGAGAUGUCUGGUAAUCUGCCAGUUAAAGACCGUGUUAUAGACAGUGCUUCCCCAGUGUAUCAGGCCGUCAUCCCCAGUGAAACCAAUGAACUGGGGCCGGCUGAUUGGGCCAAAAGAGCCGCCCAGCUGCAGUCUAAGUCCUUCCGUGUCCUCGCCCACAUUACUGGAACUGAAUACAUGCAAGACCCUGAUGAGGAAGCUCUGAGAAAAUCAAGGGAAAGGUUUGAAUCUGAAGCCAAAGGCCCUCGUUUUGCUAAACUGAGAAACUGGCACCAUGGGCUGUCGGCACAAAUUCUUAAUAUGAGUGGUGGCUGCAGGGACGAGCUCUGUGUCUGGAGGAUGAGCGAAGGCGCAUCAGAACAUCAAGCGGUUGAGCAAGAUGGAAGUCAAUGUCUUACUCCUGCUGAGCAUGCUCCAGUUUCCACCAGCAUUGCACCUGUCUGUCCGCCUGCUAUCGCUGCUUCACCCAAUGAGCUCCUUUCGGAGCCGCAGAUAGCCAGUCAGGCACCAGAGCCUGGUGCGGAACAGAAUCCUGAGCAAACCAUGGUAGCCAGCUUCAACUUGCAGACCUCUAUGGGUUACACUUCCCAAUACAAAACCUCCAUCUCCAGUUCUUACUCCCAGCCUCCACCUAUGCAGCAGCCACCACUGCCACCACCCAUGCAACACAGCUCCAUCCAGAUCCCUGUAGGUCCUCCUCCACCUAAAGUGGUCAGCACUGCCACCAUUGUGCCUACAGCCUACCCAUCUGCUCCAGCACCAGCUCCUCCAAUGGUUCACAAACCUGCUCCACCUGCGCCUGCGCCUGCCGUAGCUCCAGCGUCUUCUUCCAACAGGCCUCCUUGGAUUACUGAUGAGAACUUUGCCCAGAAAUUUGACCCUUGCAAACCCACCACCACCACAAACAUCAAAAUACAGCCUCUUCCCCAGGCAGCCCCACCACCACCAGCCUACAUCCCCAACCCCGUCCCUGCUCCCGUUCCUGCUGCACCCAGCCCUGCAUUCAACCCUGCCCCAAUGCCAUUCAAUCCAGCCCCCUUCCCACCUGUGGCUCGUGGAGUUGCUCAAAGGGCAGAGCGGUUUGCAGCCAGCAACAGAACACCUCUGUGUGGAGCCUGCAACAGCAUCAUCAGGGGACCAUUCCUAGUGGCACUGGGUCGUUCCUGGCAUCCAGAGGAGUUCAACUGCCAUUACUGCCACACGUCUCUGGCUGAUGUCAGCUUUGUGGAGGAGCAGAAUAAUGUUUACUGUGAAAACUGUUAUGGCGAGUUCUUUGCACCCACCUGUGCCCGCUGCAACACCAAGAUCAUGGGAGAAGUGAUGCACGCGCUCCGGCAGACCUGGCACACCACUUGCUUUGUGUGUGCGGCUUGUGGAAAGCCCUUUGGAAACAGCCUCUUCCAUAUGGAGGAUGGCGAGCCGUAUUGUGAGAAAGAUUAUAUUGCACUCUUCAGCACAAAGUGCCAUGGCUGUGACUUCCCAGUUGAGGCGGGAGACAAAUUUAUUGAAGCUCUUGGCCACACAUGGCAUGAUACCUGCUUUGUUUGUGCGGUGUGCCAUGUGAACCUGGAAGGACAACCUUUCUACUCCAAGAAGGACAAGCCCUUAUGCAAGAAGCAUGCACAUGCUAUCAAUGUGUAGAUGCUUCAAAAGCUGUCAGUGAAGGAACUAAAUGCAAUUAAUACAACAUUUGCAUGUGCGGUUUUAUGGCAAGACAUCAGUGCCAAUCCAAAUGACACAAAAACUGAUAUAAAAGAUAUAUGGUAUAUCAUUUAUUAAACAGCAUAUUAGUAAGACGAUGACUGAAUGAUACAUAAACUAGGCGAUUUGACAUUGUAAGGUCAUUCUAUGUCUUUAUUAUAGACCUAAUACAUUUGCAUACAUGCACUUGUUUGUCUGACACACUAAUUUAAGAGAUAUAACAUUUUCACUUUUUUUUGUUUUUGAUUUGGUGAAUUUAUGCAACAUACACUGCCCUCCAAAAGUUUGGAAACGCCCUAGAAAAGUGGCAUUUUAAUUUGUGAUAAUUUUGUACUGAUAAGGGACAACACAAACUACGAAAACAUAUUUUAUUACAUAAACAGUUUAUACAUAGAAAAAACUAUUUUCAAUUCAUCAAAAUGUCAACAUUAGCAGCUAUUACAGCUCUGCAUAAUCUGGGCCUAAAUUCAUUGUAUUCUAAACUUAAUUGGGAAUCAAUUGUUGAAGCUAUUAAGGUGUGCUGACCCAAAAAUCUGAGCCAAGUUUAAACCAGUAACCAGGCAUCACAGCUGGCAAAGGGGCAUGUCUGACUUUGACAUGUAUAUAUUGCCAUUAUUAUGUAAUCAAAAUGAAAAUUAUUAUUGCUGGUGUUCAAUGAUAAUGUCAAGUUACUUUAAUGUAUUUGCACCAAAAAAUGAUAAGGAUUCAUGCUGAUAUCAUCCAAAACCACACUUUACCAGGGGUGUUUUUAAACCUUUGGAGGGCAGUGUACAAUUUUUGUGCUAUUAGUGACUAAAACCUUAAUUUAAAAGAUAUUAAUAUUAUAGACUACAUGGAUGUUAAUGUUCAUUCAUAAACCAGAAACAGCCUGAAAAAGUCUAUGCAUAUUAUUACGCCUUAAAUUUUUAAAGUAAACUUAAAUGUGUUUUUAUUCCAUUACUGUUUGUUUCCUGAGCAACAAUGAGGCCUGUAGAUCCCUGACUUGCAUACCAAUCACAAAAGGAUGUGAAAUAGAUAGACUGGAUGCUGUUGUGCAGUCUGUUCAAUACUGAAUGGGUUUUUUGUGUUACUAAUAUUGUUUAUUUGUGCUUUUAGUGUGUGUGUGAAAGCUAGUGAGCUAUUUCAUACACAUGUGAUGUCAAAAUUAGCAUUAUGUGUCAUAUUUUAAGAAUGUAAGCAGGGCAUCUGAAAAGGUAACAGAAUUUAUUUUAAUUGAUUCAUUGUUGCAUUUACAGUGUAUGCAACGCAUAAUUAGCUGUAAUAAUGUUUUCAAUUGUUCAUGUUUUGCCUUGUCACCUAGUUGAUUUUUGUUCUGUUAUUUAUUGUGUGCAAAACCUCAGUAUUUACAUAAUCUUUGCAAAUGGUGUACUGUUUUGAAUUUGCAUGGAUAAUUUGUUUUCUUUGCCAAGAAGGAGGGAUUCAUAUUUUUAUUUAAUAAAUACUUUAAUUAACAAGACAGAGGCACACACACAGGAUGCAAGUUGUAUUGUUAAUAUGUUUCUUAAAAUUAAUAACAAAUGGUGUACCUGAGACUUUUUUUUUCUCUGGGUAUAUGCUACCUAACUCUGUAACUGUAAGAUUACAGUUAAAUUUUUAGUUUCAUGCUAUUAAAGAACAUCAAGGUCAAAUUCUGAGAUUGCAAUUGUAGACACUCAUGUUUUCUUAUGUGAUAUUGACAUUUUAUGCAUACAGUUCACUUAAAAUAACUUUUAUUUAGACAUACUUUAUGAAUGUGUCCUUGGUUUAUCACUGUUUUCACUGCCAUUUAUUGAAGUUAAUGUAACCUACCACAUCAGCUGAAAUGUGUUUUUAGGCCUACUUCUGAUUUUGGCUUGUUUUUUGUUUUGAAUAUUACUAACACAAUGGUUUGACAUCUCAUAAUUGCCUCUCUUAAAUAUAAUAAACUGUUAGCUACUUUUUUACACAAGAUUAGGCAGUUACUUAGCAGCUCAGAAGUGGGAAUGUUGUAUCUUUUUAGCAUUUUUCAAAAACAGAUGUAUUUGAUGUAAUUUAACGCUGUUGAAUGUACUUUACAAAUAAUGUAUUAUCUCAGUUUGUCAUCUGCUGUGUUCUGGAGUUCACCUGGGAAUUACAGAGACAAAGGAUUGAUCCAUAAUAACAAAUUUGCAGAUCAUUAGUGUUGCUGCAAUAAUACAAUAAAGAACCAUAUACGGUGUUAUGUGACACUCAUAUUUAUGAACGUCAUUCUACAGUCGUCUGUUGAAAAAUGCAAUACAAUAAGUUUCUCUCUUGGUAUUUAUGUAUGAGAGUUAAAACAGAUGCAGCCUGACAGAAUACUGUAAAUGUACUUUUUUUUCCCAGAUGGAAUGAAAAACUAACUCGUAC